UAACACACCAAAGAUAUUUAUAUACCAAUUUCUUAGCAAUAGUUAAUUUUCAGUUCAGUAUAUUUCCUUUCAGGGUACAUUAUAUUGGUUACAGACCCUGAAGAAUUGUUAUGUAUAUUUUUUCAUUUCACAGUCAGCCUCAGUUUUCCUCUGCUUCCACUCUUUAUGCUAAGCUAGGCUAACUGUGUCCUGCAGCUCAGUUUUUAAUGUACAGGAAGGAGACAGAUACCAUUUGUCUCAUCUGACUCUCAGAAAGAAAGCAAAUGACCGGGGGCUCAUGGGAGUCAUGAUAGGGGCCGUGGGCCUGGACAUGGGCAUGGAAGAGAUGGUCAGUCUGGAGGAAAUUACCCUUCCUCGAGGGGAAAGGAUCGCCACAGAGAUCAUGAGCAUAAGCAGGGCCGCAGCUCACAGACAGGUUAACACAGGUUUUUCCAUGGAGAUGAACCAGACCUCCAGGCUGCAGGCAGAGAGCGGAGAGCAGUGCUCGGUCUGUGACUUCCGGGAGCACAGCAAGCAGAUGAGGCUCCACACCAUCAAGUCCCAGAUCCUCAGCAUCCUGCGGCUCGAACAGGCGCCCAACAUCAGCCGGGACAUGAUCCGCCAGCUGCUCCCCAAAGCACCUCCUCUGACACAGCUCCUGGACCAGUAUGACCCCCGGGUGGAGGACGAGGACCACGCCACAACAGAGACCAUCAUCACCAUGGCCACCAAGCCGAAUCUGAUCGCCCAGGACGAGUUGUCUUCCUGUUGUCUGUUCAGCCUCAGUCCAAAGAUCCAACCCAAAAACAUCAUGAGUGCUCAGCUGUGGGUUCACCUGCGGCCAACCGAUGUGGUCACCACCGUCUUCCUGCAGAUCUCUCGCCUCAAACCUGGAAUUGAGGGAAACAACACCCGUGUCCGAGUGCGCUCCCUGAAGAUCGACACAGACGCCGGCAUCAGCUCCUGGCAGAGCAUCGACAUCAAGUCUCUGCUGCAGGCUUGGCUCCGUCAACCAGAGACCAACUAUGGGAUUGAAAUCAACGCCUAUGACUCCAAAGGAGAAGAUUUGGCUGUCACCUCAGCAGAGCCUGGAGAGGAAGGCCUGCAACCAUUCAUCGAGGUGAAGAUCCUCGACAGCCCCAAGAGAUCCCGUCGUGACUCGGGACUCAACUGUGACGAGGAGUCUGCAGAAACGCGCUGCUGCCGCUAUCCUCUCACCGUAGACUUCGAGGAGUUUGGCUGGGACUGGAUCAUCGCUCCUAAACGUUACCGGGCCAACUACUGCUCGGGGGACUGUGAGUUCAUGCACCUGCAGCAGUACCCGCACGCACACUUGGUGAACAAGGCAAACCCACGGGGCACUGCAGGGCCCUGCUGCACGCCAUCCAAAAUGUCGCCCAUCAACAUGCUCUACUUCAACCGUAAAGAGCAAAUCAUCUAUGGAAAGAUCCCGUCUAUGGUGGUGGACCACUGUGGCUGCUCCUGAGGAGCCCUGGGCUUCCUGAAGGACGUAGUUUCGACUAGAGAAGCUCUGUCUCCAGCACAAUGACAUGAAUCCAACCUUGGUGUCUGAGAAGAAGAUCUAGGCUACUAAAGAGAGGCAAGACAUGCUUUCAAGGGCAGGACUCCAAACGUUGUUCUUUAGCAGAUAUAAACCGAAAAAGUAAGGUGUGAGAUGAAACAAAGUCAAAUGUUAAAUAAAAUAUAAUUCUGUUGUUUUGAGCUAUUUUCAGAGGAUUUAAACAACUUGAGCUUUUUAAAGUUAACUCACGGUACAUGGAAACUGUUUUUCUAGUUUUCAGUACAAAUCUUCUUGAUCUUGUUAUUCAUGCACCGUUACAUAGAUACUCUCACAUAAACUCAGUCACCAUUUAUCCAUCAUAGUCGGACAGAUCAGACACCUGCUGCUUCCUGUCUUACAAUAACGUGUCCUGAUUUGACCAGAGCAAACCCUGCGGGGCUUCUUCCAUGUGUGCCUUUAUUUUGAAAAACAUGAACCGAAUGACUCUGAGCCAACAUGUCACCCCUCGCUCCCCAGCUCUUGUUUGCAAACUCCUCGCUGUGACCAGUUCUCAAGAGCAUCACAGAGAGGCGACGUUACAGAUGUGUUGUUCAGUGUUUUUGUGAUUUAAUUAUGGUUAACUGUAUUCUCUUGUGUUGUGUUGUUCCAAGCAUAGAAAGUAAGUCAGUUUGUCAGCAGGCCUGUCAUCACCUAUAGCAUCAUAACAUCCUGUAGCCAGAGAAUGUUGAUGGAUGGAGCUGAAUCAGCAGCCACCAGGGCUGAAAGUGAAGCUGAGAGAUCUGUCAUUGGUCAGGCUCUAAGGUACCCUGUGGAGUUUUUCUAUUAGCAAACACAAUUCAGUUUAUCCAGCCCACAAGGCCUAAAAGUUGAAUGCUUCACAAAACAUUUUUCUGUAUUCUAAACCCUCCCUCCAGGAAGUCACUUUUCUCUAGAGGUUGAUUCAGAUCUAAAAGUCACGACUCGCUGGCAAAACGGUGUAAAAACACCCCUCCAUCAGUUACAAUGUUAAGGGCAGAGAAUGUGUUCUCAGGGGGAGCUGUCUUCUUGAUUCGAAGCCGAGUGCAGAUGUCUGGACUGUUGUUGGGCUUCAUGGGGGUUUCUGACCCAAAGUCUUUGUUUUGCUGUUGGAGACGUUGGUUUGCCCUCCUAUAAAAAAAAGUGUCGCAUACUAAGAUUUUUGGACGGUUGUUAUUAUUUCAGUAUGUUUACCUUGAAAAACGUGACACUACUUUUGAGGCGAGGCAGACCACUUGGGGAAAUUAAUACUUCCUGGUGUCUUUGUACUGUAAAUGUCUAAAUUUUGACAAAACUCUAAGGUGUUGAAAUUUGUGAGGACAGAGUUUGCCCACAGCUGUCAGUUAUUACUAAUUUCAUUGCAAACUUGAGCAAACUGAGGUUCUUGGAUGCAUUUGCAAAUUAUGAUUUUUGUAGUAUUAUUGAUUAACAGUUACAUUAUUUGUGUUACUGAACAAAAUAUUCAUAUCUUCAUGUUCUGUUAAUGAACCAGAACUGCAAGUAUCAGUGAUACAAUUUAGGAAGAGACUAAAUUAGUGUGCCCCAGCCUUUUGGGCUUCACGCUUCAAAAUUACACCGAUCAGCCAUAACCUUAUGACCACCUGCCUAAUACUGUUUACAUAGGAGUCAA